AUGUUUUCCAGAACCACUAUAUCGGCGGUUGCUGGUCAAGCGCUCCGCCCGCGGCGCAACCCUCUCCUCUCGCCACGAUUUGCCGCGCUUCAGAGAUCGUUUCUAUCAACCGAGACAAGACAGGCCAUUGAUAAGGCCGUUGCCACAGCGCCAGUUGUAUUGUUCAUGAAGGGCACCCCAGAAACGCCACAGUGUGGGUUUUCAAGAGCAAGCAUUCAGAUCCUAGGCCUGCAAGGAGUAGAUCCGCAGAAGUUCACCGCUUUCAAUGUGUUAGAGGAUGAGGAGCUGAGGUCAGGUAUCAAGGAGUACUCGGACUGGCCUACGAUCCCACAACUUUACGUGGAUAAGGAGUUCGUAGGUGGGACGGAUAUCAUGAUGUCGAUGCACCAGGAUGGCAGUCUGGCGAAGUUGCUCGAAGACAAGGAAGUGCUCGUAGCCGCAGAAGGCUCGGAUGCAAGCGCUACAAGCUCAUGA